UUUUUAUUGGAUGUUGCUGCGAGUUAUGUCGCAAUAACCGCAGUUGGUAUUACCAUAACGAACCUGUAAUUCCACUGGUCAAACGCUGAGGCAUGCAUGAGCGACUCCUGCAUUAAUUUUAAACAAAAAUGCCUUAAUACUCAGUCACCCCACCUGUUCACCAGAGCGUAUCUCCCUAAAACCGGCGAAUCUAUUCAUCGCCCGUUUGUUUAUUCACAUACUCGCAUUAGUUGUAACUAUAUCGCUUUGACCACAUUUCUCCGUGUCAGAUAACCUGUAGAAUCUCGUGCCCUUUUAUGAAAGAAUACUCAUAAAUUAAAUUUACCAUGUGCAAAAACGACAGUGCUAAAGUGUUAUUUGGAUGUUUUAAUACAAUAUUUUUUGCAUGUGGAUUCUUAGAAGUGAUAUGUGGUUUUCUACUGCUGUGUGACUCUAAAAGAAUCCUAUUGUCCCGUCUACUGGCGGCUCCUGAUGAUGACUUGUUGACUCAUCCUCCAUUCUACUAUCUGGCCCUCGCCCUGCUAGCCGCCGGACUGGCUAUGUGCGGUGUGGGAGCCCUGGGUUGCUGGGCCACUUAUAUGCCAAGUUAUGCUGUCCUAACUAUUUACUUCCUGGUGGUCCUGGCGAUGCUGCUGUGUGAGUGCGCGGGCGGAGUGCUGGCGGCGAUCUGGCCGCGCUGCCUCGGCCUGCAGAGCUCGCGCGGCGGCGCUGUGGGAGCCCUGCAGACCUACUACGCCUUGCCCGACUUCGAACACUUCACUGCGGCUGUGGACUUAGCACAAACUGAACUGCAGUGCUGCGGCAUGACCGACGCCCGGAACUACGACAUGUCUAUCUGGCAGCUGCGGCGACUGGGCCCGCGCGGCAUGUCGGUGCCGCUGAGCUGCUGUGUGCAGUACGAAGACAACGUGUCUUACCUCAACCCCGCGCCGGUCAACGCGUCGCGGUGCCAGGAAGUACAGCCCAACCCGACGUUUAGAUAUGUCCCAGGCUGUUUAGUACCAUUAGAAGACUGGUACCAACAACAGUACUUAAUCCUAAUGCUUGGUUUAUUCGUCGUAGCUCUCUUCAAAUUGGGAGUACUGCUAAGCACAAUAUUUUCGUGCAUUCGACUCAGGAGGCGUAAGCAAAUAUUACAAGCAUUCUCACUGAAGUCUUUAGACAGUAACACGAGCGAGAACGUUUAUGAAUGUAAACUCGGGACGGUACAUGAGGAACCGAUUACUGCCAAGUACAUUCAACCGAAUAACUUCUACAGCCCAAGAAUACGUAACCCUAGGAUUUUUCAGAACAAACCUAAUGAGGUCGUAUGAGAAUUAGCAACGGAGAUAAAUGCUUUAGAGAGGAAGUUGGAAAAGUUUUCAGAUUAUUUGUAUAAGCACCAAGCUGACUCUAUCAUGUGGUGAUCAGAUUAUCAGCUGAAAUAAAAACGUAUUGCCAGCUCUAUCUCGAUUUUCGGAGAUGUCUGUCAAAAAUAAUAAAGUACGAGAUGUGUGCCAUAACUUGUCCAGGAAUAUUUACUAUUUUAUAAGAGUAAAACAUUCCUUCAAUUUCAUUUCUUUUCUACAGUAUUUUCUCCGGUUAUAUACUAUGAUAUAACUUCGUGUUCACUUAGUUUAUAAGGUUAGAAAUAAAUAAAACACAUUCACUCAAUAUGCAAUAUUAUUUUCAAAAGAACGUUCAAAAAUUGGUCCUAAAGUUAAAACAUUAUUAACAAUGGCUCUGGAAUGUUGCUAUCAUUCACAAUAGUUGGUUUUAUAGCUGUAAACUAUAUCAGAGAGCUAAACCUUCAUUCGGUUGGAUUUGAUUUUGGAUAAUGAUUUAUAUUUAAUUUCAUACCCAUCUCUGGUAUACAUUGAUCAAAAAUUCCUAAGUUGUUUAACAACGGUUUUGUAUUUACACUACUAUAAAAUAACGAAAUGGGUGAAUAUGCAUUCUCAAAUACAUAUAAAAUAAUAAAAAGAAAAUGCACUUAUCAAGAACAUGCUACACA